CGGGCACCGAGUCAACUGGCGGAACAGCGGGCACCGAGUCAACUGGCAAGACUGCGGGCACCGAGUCGUCUGGCAAGACUGCGGGCACCGAGUCGUCUGGCAAGACUGCGGGCACCGAGUCGUCUGGCAAGACUGCGGGCACCGAGUCGUCUGGCGGGACUGCGGGCACCGAGUCGUCUGGCAAGACUGCGGGCACCGAGUCGUCUGGCAAGACUGCGGGCACUGAGUCGUCUGGCAAGACUGCGGGCACCGAGUCGUCUGGCAAGACUGCGGGCACCGAGUCGUCUGGCAAGACUACGGGCACCGAGUCGACUGGCGGAACAGCGGGCACCGAGUCGUCUGGCAAGACAGUGGGCUCCGAGUCAACAGGCACGACAGUGGGCACCCGGGUCAUCAGGUAUCGGAUUGUCUGGCUCGACAGCGGGCAUCGGGUCACCAGGCAUCAGGUCAUUUGGCUUGCCAGCGGGCACCGCGUCAUCUGGCAAGGCAGUGGGCACCGGGUCACCAGGUAUGACAGCGGGCUCUGAGUCAAUUGGCACGACAGCGGGCACUGGAUCAGGUACCGGAUCAUCUGGAUCAACAGCAGGCAUCGAGUCAACUGGCCUAAUAGGAUCAGAGGCAUCAGGCUGAAGAGAGGCAUCAGGCUGAAGAGAGGCAUCAGGCUGAAGAGAGG